AUGUACGAAUCACGCGAUGGCUUAAUUACUCCAGCAGAUGCUGCUAUGAUUGCUUGGAACAAUAUUAUGCCCCUCAUCACUCUGGAUAGACCCCUCGGGGGCAUCGACCAGUCGACUUUCCCAUUGCCAACCCUCCACAAGGCCCUGCGUGACAUCUCCGGAGAACUACACAACGGCCACGGCUUCAAAGUUCUCCGUGGCUUACCCGUUGACCGGCAUACCCGGGAAGAAAAUAUCAUCAUCUACGCGGGCGUGUCGUCGCAUAUUGCCCCGAUCCGUGGCCGGCAGGACAAUUCAUUCAAGGGCGCGCCGGCGGACGUGGUGCUCAACCACAUCAAAGACCUCAGCACCACGGCCGACAAGGACCGGAUCGGUGCACCGGCAUAUACCACGGACAAGCAGGUCUUCCACACGGAUGCAGGAGAUAUUGUCGCGCUGUUCGCGCUCAGCACGGCCGCGGAAGGUGGACAGAGCAAGCUAGCCAGUUCCUGGAGGGUGUAUAACGAGCUUGCGGCAACGAGGCCAGACUUGAUCUGGACACUUUCGCAACCAUGGCCGUUUGACGGAUUCGGAAACCCCGAACACCCAUACCACCUGCGCCCUCUCCUUUUCUACCAGGGGAGUCCCACGGCGGAACCGGAGCGCAUCAUAAUCCAGUACGCCCGUCGCAGUUUCACGGGCUUCCAGGCUCUUCCCCGAUCCCGCGACAUCCCAUCCAUCACGGAAGCGCAGGCCGAAGCCCUCGACGCACUGCACUUCCUGGCAGAGCGGUUCUCCGUGGCACUGGACUUCCGGAAGGGCGACGUGCAGUAUGUGAAUAAUCUGAGUAUUUUCCACGCUAGGGAUGGGUUUACGGAUACCCCGGAACAGCAACGUCAUCUUCUCCGUCUGUGGCUUCGGGAUCCGGAGAAUGCAUGGAAAACGCCCGAGGGUCUCGAAGGGAGAUGGAAGAAUGUGUAUGAUGGCGUGAAGGCUGAGAACCAGGUGUUUCCAUUAGAGCCUAGUAUUCGCAGUGCGAGCGAUGGGCAGAAGAAGGGGAGUGGGUAUUGA